AUGCCUCGUGCCACCAGAAAGGAAUUGGUGGAAGAGCUCCUGAUGACCUUUGGCGAGACCGCUCCAAAACAGUGGAGCAUCAUGGAGAUCGAGAGUCGCCUCUUGGAACUCAAGGAAGCCAAUGGAAUGGUCACGCAGAAAGGGAAGGUACGGCCACCUAUGCGCCAUGCCAUGAUCGAGCUGAACAAGGCCAGCAAGAAGAAGUCCGACCUCCUGGACUACGUGAACAACAAGCUCAUGGUGAAGACUCGCGGCACAGAGACCAUCCAGGAGCUGCAGCGCCUGGGCACCAAGAAGAUCUACCAGACCACAGCCGAGGACGUGGACAAUCUGAAAGCCGAGAGACCUCACAAGAAGGUCGAAGCAUCCAGCGGCUCAUUUGUCGACAGCGAGCUUUGGAGAGGCUCAUGGGAAGCCUUACCUGAGCAAAAAGCCCUGCUAUCACAUCAGCGCAUAGAGCUGCUGGAAGUAGCAUGUUCGGCCGACAGCGUGCUGUCUCGCACCAUGCAACGAAAGAAAGGUGACGAGGGUGCGGUGGGCAUUUGUGAACAGGCUAUUCAAGGUACCAAGACCCUCAUGAACAAAAUAGCUGAAGAUGACCCAGAAGUCACCGCAGCAGAAGCUUUGGCUGAAGCCACUAGGACCUUUAAUAGUCGAGAACUGAUUCGAGGCUAUUCGCCCAUCCAACAUGCUCUUGGCCGUGCGCCGGAUGCCACCGGGCGACUUUUCCCUUGCCGCCCAUGUGAAUGUCCAGAACUGCUGAUCGAAAAUGCCUCCGGCGAGAUGGGUCGCCAACUCCAGAGAAUGCAAAGUGCAGAAAGAGCCUUCCUUGAAUGGACGGCAAGUCAGAGACUCCAAAAAGCUAAGAACUCAAAACCAAGAGAUGUCACCAACUAUGAGCCAGGAGACCUGGUGUACAUGUGGAGAAAGCAAGUGAGCGGCCAAGCGGCCAUCAAGGGUGGCUCAUUUGUGGGACCAGCCGGCAUCCUGGCGGUGGAGCAACAUCGCUCUCCCGACGGGACACACAAGCAGGGCAGCUCAAUUUGGUGCGUUAGAGGGAGAAGACUUCUCAAGUGCUCGCCAGAGCAACUACGUCGAGCCUCCGAGCGGGAGGUCCUUUUGGAGGAACUACAUGCCAAACUGUAUGAUGACUGGGACUUUGACAGAGUAGCCCAACAGCUUGGAGGAAAUGAAUUUCUGGAUGUGUCCACUGAAGUGCCCUCCUAUGCAGAAUGGCUACGAGCUCAAGACCCAGCCAGCAGGCCGAUCCAGGAGUCCAACUUCCAGGCCCUCGACUUCUACAUCUUGAGAAGCACCCGUGUCACAGAGGAAGUGUUUGCGGUCACCGAGAGCACCUUCUGGAUGGAUGAGACCGCGGCCGUAGCCGUGGAAGUACCCAUGCCAGACACACGUGCAGGAUCAGAACGAGCUCUUCGAGAUCUUCCUUCUUACUUUGCCAGUAGCUUGAAGAAACGGUCAGCAGUCGAAGUCUGUGAACGCCACCUCUCAGAGGAAGAGCGACAACAGUUUCGCUCAGCAAAGGCCGUGGAAGUGAGCAACUUCAUUGCUGCCAAGGCUUUUGAAGCCCUUCCUGAGAAACUUCGAUACCAAGAUCCCUGCUACGAGCAGAGCAACGACUUCUCCAACCAAGACUCGCCAGACCAGACAGCUGCAGAUGCAAUUAGUUGCUACGGCUUGGUGGAUGCACCACUGGAGUGGUAUCGCUCCAUCUCAGAUUUCUUUGCAAAACUCGGAUUGCAAAAAUGCUGGAUCUGCCGCAGCCCCGGGGCAGCAGAAGCAGCAGCAGCAAACAACAGAGAAGAUCUCCUCUUUUUUGCGAGGUUUCAACUGGCAGAGAUGAUGGGAGCUCGAGUUAAUGUGAGAGACAUCAACAGUGUCGUCAACCAGAUCAAUGGAUGCCUGGUUACUGACUCCAGAAAUGUGUACGACAAGUUAGAGACCGAAGUCUUGUCCGUGAAGGGCGCUGAGAAGAGAACUGACCUGGAGUUACUCUCCCUGAAAUCUGCCCAGAUUCGCAAUGCUGUGGAGAUUAGAUGGGUACAUAGUGAAGCCCAGCUGUCAAACGGGCUGACCAAGAGCAAUGAGCACAAGCAACUGCACCUGUUCUACCGCGUGGGCCACAAGUGGCGCAUCGUCGAAGAUGGGGAGAGAGCAUCAGCUCGAAAAAGGAAACUGCUAGGCCUGGAACCUCUUGAAAACAGAAAGAGUCAAGGGCCUGAAACGGAGCCUGAGACACCAUGGAAACCCACGGAAUGA